GUCAUCUGGCAUCGGUGUGUGUUACCUUCCUGCCUUGGGAGUGCGUUGCUCCCAUGUGUGCCUUCCAGGCCAAGGGGCAGGGAUUCUUUUACAUCCCUGAUUCAUGCACUGCUAAGCAGCUUAAGGAAAGAUCUACCAGCGUAGUGAUUACUGUCAUAGAGGGGGAAGCUAGUGUUAAGGAAUUAGAAGAGGCAUUUUCUGAUUAUAUUGGGACCAAGUGGCACUGCACUGCUCGGACUAUUGGUCCAAAUACGUAUGUCAUGAGGUUUCCCAAUCAAAGAGAUGUGAAAAAAGCAUGCUAUAAUGAUAGAAUGAUCCUUAAAUAUUGUGGUGUGGUAGUUAAGAUUGUUCCCUGGUCGGCCAACAUUGGGGCUAAGGGAGCCAUGGAGAUGGCAUGGGUAAAAGUUGCUAAUAUUCCCAUGGAAAGAAGGAAUGAGAGGAAUGUUGCUUAUGUCUCUUCCCUGGUGGGCGUCCCGCUCGAGAUCGACAUGGCCACCCUGCACAAACCUGAAUUUGUCAGGGUUCGGCUGUGCUGUCGCAAUGUGGAUGAGCUCCCUGGGGUUGUUGAGGCAGUGCUAGGCACGCACUUCUUUGAUUUUUUCUAUGAAAUCGAGAAGGUGCUGGUGCGUGAUCUAGAGAGAGAAAAAAAGGUCGUGCAGAUGGAGGCGGAUGCUAAAAAAUCCCCCUAUGUGAGAACAUCUACCUGGGGUAAACAUGACCCUAAGUCUGGAUACAAAGGAAAAAAUGAGGGAUGCAGCAAGAAUGGGGGUGAUGGGGAUGAUGACCCUGUCGAUGCAAAGGAGGAAGAAAGUGUGGAAUCUGAUGAGUCAGAACAUAAUACAUUGCUGAUUGAAACUAUGGUUGUGGAGGCUUAUAACAAAGAAAAAACAUAGGGCUCUAGGGCAAUGCUGGGUAUUGAUGAUACCAAGCAUAAUGCUGAUGAGAUUCAGGUAGAUUAAAAUGAUGAUGCGUGUUCAUUUGUUACUGCUAUACCUCAUGAUAAUAUAGCUCAUUUAAAUGUGGCUAUGGAUUAUGAGCAGGUGGUGGAAAUUGAGGGAGAGGACCUUUCCAAGUUGGGGAAAUCAGAAUAUCUGGUACAAUAUCCUACCUCUUCUUAUGAGGAUGUGGGAGAGGUGAUUCCUACCCCUCCCCUUUUGGCUGAAGAGGUUUAGAGAUUUAGCUUGAGGAACUUGUAGAAUAUGGAAGGAAGAAUGCAAGAGAAAGCUAUUGUCAUUUCCCGCAAGAGAAAUCUAGAAGGACUACUAAUGUAAGAUGACGCGGCUACCAUGAGGGACGGGGCAAAGAUGCUGAAGGAGAACACAUCGAUGAUGAUGAGAAUCUGUGCGGUGAAUCACGAAGAAUCGG